CCGUGAACUGUCAAACGCGAAAAACUGCAAACCGUGGCGACGUUAUAGUUGCAAAUUUCCUAAUGAAGCCGAAAUAAAUUAUUAAAUACGCUAAAAUUACUGUGGACACACAUACGAAGGUCCUAAUUAACAUCCUUGUCUGAACUGUGGGUGAGUGGCUAGCUGAACUGGUGAUUAAAUACGCCAGCGGGCAAGGAUACGUGACCUCACACGACCCGCCUAGAACGGAGAAAUGUGUUGGGCAGUGACUUGGAGUUUUUUUAGUGCCAAUAAAUGAAAGAUGAUUAACAAAAUAAUGUGUUGGCCAUAGCUCGAUAAGUUUGCAUUUCCUAGUUUAAAAUAUGUAUUUGAUGUUAAUUUGUUGGUUUGAGUUGGCAUAAUGAUUGUAAAAUUUAGCGAUGUGAAUUUCGUUAGUGCGUAAAAACGGUUAACCGAAUGUUAUUCUGCAUCAAAUCAAAGAAGCCGUGGCAAGAGUUGAGAGUGUUAAUUUCAAAAGUGCAUUUAGUUUUACGCUUUAGUUUUCAUAUAAAGAUUUCUCCAUAAAUUGUGAUUUUUAUUGUUUUCUGUUUUUUUUAAAUCACUUGAUGUAAGAAACCCGGUUGCCACCAACCACAAAUAUGAGCAACAAGUACUUCAGACGUCACUAUUUUUAGCCGAAUUUUAUAGCUAAUCUGACAAUUGAAAAUCUCUUCAAUUUGAUCGAAAGAGUGCACUGUUGUCACACUUUUUGCUGUCAAAUGAAAGAAAAGGUAAAAUUUUUCAGCAGCAAUAAAUCGCAAUAAAAAACGUUGAUAACUUCUAUUAAAGAAAAUCGCAAGUUAAGGAAUAAAAACUGUAAAUGCAGAGUGAAUUGUAAAAAUGGGAACCCAUUAAUAAAUACUCGGGUGAUAAAACAAACAUAUUAGUGUAAAUUUAUGUAAAAAAUGCUAAAGUAGGAUGUUGAAACUCAAUCGACAGCUUGCAAAAGUUUUGGAAGUAAAACGCCUCCAUUUGCAUAUACAUAGUAUUUAUGUUUUGAAUUUGAUAUAUAAAAUUGAUCUCUACUUUUAGUGCUGUGUCAGACGCGUAUUAAUUAUUAUUAACCAUUAAAGAAAAAGAAAGUCUCCAGAAUUAUUUUAUACCAAAAAAAAAAAAAGAUUUCAUAGUAUCAACAACCAAACAAAGGUAGAAAAUUAAAAGUACGUGGAUAAAAAGGUGAAUAGAAAAUGUUUUGGGACAAAAGCUACACACCGUCGCAGAACAUAGAGGCGCUGCUGGAGAAAGAGAAUGUCACAGUGGAGGAAUUUCUGGACGAUGACGAUAUAUUACUGGAGUGUAGAUCACAAAAGAAAUCUAUUGUUAAUUACUUAACUCGUCCAGACGUGAUCAAACGCCUUGUUGAACUCAUAACUACAGAACCUUCUGAGGAUCUACCUUUAGCACAAAGAUAUCGGCAUGCGAAUAUGGCUUGCGAAAUCUUAACGUUUGGCUUACCGUCCCUAGAUGAGAAACUUUUGUCAGAUGAAGAUAUAUUAAAAACACUUUAUUCAUAUCUGGAAAAUGAACCACCGUUAAAUCCUUUGCUAUCGUCAUUUUUUAGCAAAACAUUUAGUAUGCUCUUCACAAAAAAGGCUGAACAAGAUUGGUUUUUGUAUCAACAAAUGUGCCUAAAACUCUUGGAAUACAUUAAGUCGCAAAAUAAUUUUUUGGAUUUGAUUUGUAAGCAUUUUUUCACACCCGUCAUACCCGAUUUGAUAAUGCAAAUGAUGAGAGAAGUAGAAGGUGGUCAAAUGAAACGGAAUUUAUACCAAUGGCUAACUGAUGAUAAACUUGUAGAGAGACUGAUUGCAAUAAUUGGUAAUCCUCAAGAAACCGACAAGCAUGCAAAUGUUUCGGAAUUCCUCUGUGAUUUAAUACUACAAGGUCGUUCCAUGCGUCAUAUGGAGCAGGAGAACGACUCUUUUGAGCCCACAUUCGAUGGUUCAAAUCCAAUUUUGAAAUGCAUCGAAAGUGAGCAGAAUAUUGAAGCCUUGUUGAAUGUGAUUUUGGAACCAAAUGCGCAACAGAGCGCUGUCGUAUCAGGAAUAUCGGUUGUACUUAUGCUUUUAAAACCUGUGGUGUUUACUGAAGAACCUAGUUCAGAUCGUAUGAAAUUCAUACAAAAUCGGGAAAAAGAGAUUCGUGAACAAAUACUCUCCACUGUGAUUCGUGUCAUUGCACCGCGUCUUAACGAUUUCAAUGAGCUACUCAGAAACCCGCCAAAUAAACCAGAAAUAGUGACUACCGCAGCUAAGUUAUCACAGCCUUUUGGGAUGACACGUUUGCAAAUCUGCCGUAUUUUUACAGUAUUACUGCAGACUAAAAACGAAGAGAUUUUGAAAGCCGUCUGUGAAACGGAUUUCUUUGAAACUUUACUCAUCCUCUUCAAGCAAUAUUGUUGGAAUAAUUUUUUGCAUAGCGAAGUUGAAAAGUGUCUUCAUUUAGUAUUUUAUACGCAACUAUCAAAUAACAAUAACUCACUGCAAGGUAGUACGAUCGUAAAUGAUGGAUCUUUCGGCAAAACGGGAAACAGUAUUGAACAUACUUCGUUUUUCGAUUUCGUUUUCAAGUCUGAUAACAAAAAAGACGAUGAGGCUAACGAUGAAAGUAGCAAUGUUGAAAAAGUAGAUGAAAAAGCAGGGGAAAAGGAAGAUAUUGAAAUGAAAACGGAUGAAAAAAUUGUAGACGACAAAGUAGCUACUACAAACGAGGAAGCCAAAUUAGAAAAUAAACUUGUAGCAAAUCUUAACGCCAUGGAAACUGAUGAUGGUACUAUAGAAAAGGUAGCAGAAAACAACGAAGACAAGUCACUGGCGCCUGAUGCUGCUGAUGAACACAAAUCAGAUGCAGAAGAAAGCGAGCAGAACAAAACUCAAGUUCAUACCGACAGUGGUCCGUCCGCAUUACAGAUGCACGUGAUUGAAAAGUGCAAGCUGAUUUCUAAAUUAAUUGACUGCUGGAAGCACAACUCCGACACAGAAUCAGCUGAAAAAGGUCGUCGUCUCGGUUAUAUGGGACAUUUAAUAAAAAUAUUCAAACAUAUUGCGAAUAGUAUAUCAGAAUCUGAACAUAUCGGUGCCUUAAUUGAGAGUAAUUUACGUGAUGAGUUUGAGCUAAAAUUGUGGCAAUCAAUAAUAAACCCAACCGAUGGUGAUCUUACAAAGGCCUUAGCCACACAAAGCAAAAUGUUAGCGAAUUGUAACGCCCACGAAGCGGGUGACUAUAGUCAACAUUUACCAAAAGAUUUUCUGGGUGAUAAUUCUACUUGGGACUAUGUAAUGUCAUCGAAUGUGAUGUCAACGAAUAUGAUCAAUAAUCUUGGCUUCAGCGACUCCGGCUCAAACUUUGGUCGCAAUAUCGACGACGAUGAUGACGACGACGAUGAAAACAACGCUGGCGGAGAUGGCAGCGGUGUUGUCGGCGGCGGUGGCAGCAGUUCUUCGCUUUUCGGCAAGAAUGCCGUUUCAACAUCCGCACUACAAGCAUUCGGCGUAACUAAUAAUCCAUGGGACCACAUGGAUCCUUUCAGUGAUCUAACUGCAAAUAGCAAUUCAACACCUUGGGCAGCUGAUUUCAAUACGGAUAAUUUUGCUGAUUUCGAUUCGCAUUUCAGUUCAUUCACCAAUGAUUUGGGUGAGAGUUUAGUUAGUGCAGCAACCAUUAGCACAACACCUGGCACAACAUCGCCGCCUAAAGAGAAUAGUAACAACGAUGAUGAUGCUAGCAAUAAUGGGGGAAGCAGUGACGGCAAUCAAUUGCAGCCAAAUGCGACAGACAACGGCACAACGCUGAGUGCGAUUGGUCGGAUUGCGGCUUCAACUAUAACAAGCGAUGACGACAAAUCCGAAACAGGCUACGAUGAUAAUGCAAAUGUUGAGAAAAGUGUAACGCUGGAAACGCAAGAAAUUGGCGAAUUCGCUGAUGGUACAGAUGCAGCAGACGAUUUAGAUGACUCGAAUGAGAAGGCGUUGGCCACUUCGCUGGUGCGUACACUGCAAUCGGUUAUGCAGGAUUCAGAGGAUGACUAUGAGGAUGAUGAAGGCAUGUGGACGAAACCGUUAGGCGGCAGCGCGGUGGAUGCGCACGAUGACGAUGAAAGUGACGAAGGCGAACCUAAAUCCGACAAUGAACUGCGUUUCACCAAUGGCCCAAGUAGCAAAGAUCUUCAAGAAAACGAAAAUUCACAUAAAUU